AUGUCGCUAGGCAACUUCUUGGCUGAUGAGUCCCUCGGCUCUUGGGCCGAUGAGAUGGACGACAUGCCUUUGCCUGCCCCUUCCUCGACCAGCUUCGGAGGCGACCGCCGCCCUAUGGGCCUUGCCUCUUCUUCCGGCUUCGGUAAUGGAUUUGGUGAACGCGAGCGUGGUGGUUACGCUGUCAGAGAGCCUCUCCCUCUUCCUACUCAGCCUCCCUAUACCGCCCACGUCGGUAAUCUGUCCUUCGAUGCGGCUUCUGCCGAUAUCUCCGAUCUCUUUGCCGAAUGCGGUGUGACCAACGUCCGUGUUGUGGAGGACAAGUUGACCAAGGCCCCCAAGGGAUUCGGAUAUGUCGAGUUUGAGACUGUCGAUGGUCUGAAGAAGGCUCUCGACCUCUCUGGCGCCACUCUUCAGGGAAGAGCGAUCCGUGUCAGCAUCGCUGAGCCUCCCAAGGAGCGCGAUGUCAAGGAAUUUGACUGGACCCGCAAGGGCCCUCUUCCGGAUGCUCCCCAGCGCCGCGUCCCUGAACGCUCCAACUUCGAUCGCUCCAACUUCGGACGCAACAUGGAUAACAUGUCUGAUGCAGGCAGUGAACGCGGCGGUAACAACCGUCGCAGCAACUUCGAGAGCGAUGGCAAGUUCCGCGAUUUCAACAACUGGGAGCGCAAGGGCCCUCUGUCCCCUCCCGCCCCCGUGAGGGAAGGUCGCCCCCGCAGCAACGAAGGACCUGGUUUCAGACGCAGCUCCCCCGCCUGGGGUGAGGGCCGCUCCCACGAGGGACCCUCUGGUGAGGGACGCUCUCAGGAUGGCUCUCGUCCUCCUCGCCGCGAAUUCCAAGAACGUCAAGAACGCACGCCCACCGCUGCCGACCUCGACAACGCAUGGCGGUCCAGAAUGCGCCCCGAUCAGCCCAAGGAGUCCAGCAACCCCCCUUCGCCUGCUGCCGCCCCUGCCGCUCCCGCUGCUCCUAGCCGCCCCAAGUUGAACCUCCAGAAACGGACUGUGACUGAGUCUUCGUCCCCGGCUGCCGGCGGCGAGUCCAAGGCCAGCAUCUUCGGUGGAGCUAAGCCCAUCGACACCGCUGCCCGCGAGAAGGAAGUUGAGGAGCGUCGCCAACUUGCCAUCCGCCAGAAGAAGGAGGCUGAUGAGAAGGCCAAGGCUGAGAAGGGCGAGAAGCAACGCGCUUCCAAGGAGCAGGGCAAGACCGACAAGCCGGUGUCUACGGCUGACCCCAACGGAAGAGACGUCACCGACACUCCUCAGGGUGGCAAGAACUUCGAUAUCCUCCGGCAGGCCGGUGAGGAAGAGGGUGCCGAGAAGGCUGAACAGGAUCAGGGCGAGGAAACGGCUGCUAAGGGCGCUGAGGCUGCUGCUACCGAUGCGGCUGCCAGCAAGACUAACGGCAGCUGGCGGAGCGCCCCCGCUGAGGCCCAGGCUGGAGCCGCCGAUGAGGAGGGCUGGAGCACGGUUGGCUCGGGGAGACAGCGCAACAACCGCCGCGGUGGCCGUACGUUCGCAUAG